CUCGCACACGCACUCUGUCGCUACAUCACCACGCAUUCUGACUCCUCUGUGCGUUCUUUAUUAUUUUUCUCUCUUAUACUGCAUAUGAAGAAUCUCCAGUAGCCUACUGUCGUUUCCCCCACAAAUAAUUGGGAACCUAUACGUUAUUACGGAGAGACAGCCGCGUUCUGCCCCUGAAGGAGACUUGGUGAGACAGUGCUAGGACGGAGCACUUGACACCUUGUUUCACGGCAUCGAUAUGCAGUAGUGUGAUACCAAUUCUGCGGAGACCGAGACAGGGGAAGGCCAUUCCAUGGCAUCUUGAUAUUAAACCGUGGGCUUUGCGCAUUCGUGAUCAACGGUAGCUUAGUAUUGUUCACGUUCAGAAAUUAGUCUACCAAUAGUUCAAAUUGAUCCAGUUUUGUUAGCUAUACCGUGGGAUAUCAUUGGACCUGCGAUGGACUCCAACGUACGGCUAUAUGGGAUGGCUCGUUUGGGAAUCGUUUUGGUUUUGAUGGGGCUGUGGAGUUGUACCUAUGCCUGCCCUGCCUCCUGCACAUGCAGCACGACAAGGAUUGUUUGUGUUAAUCCUGAUCCUGGGAUCGAGGACUUCCCCGUCCUCACGUUAGAUGACAUGGAAAACAUCACCGACAUAUACAUUGCCAAUCAGAGCAGACUGUUUGAGAUCAACGACAACAGUUUGAAGAAUUACGUAAAUCUCAGAAAUCUGACAGUGACAAACACUAGACUGACUACUAUAUCAUCGUUGGCCUUUUUCAACAACACAAGACUUCAAUAUGUCAAUCUGAGAGACAACAACUUUUCCACGUUGUCUUGGAGAACAUUCCAGAACCUAAACGUCUCAUAUGUGCUCCUCCUGUCCGGAAACCCUCUGGACUGUGUGUGCGAGAACAUGUGGAUCAAAUUAAGGCUCCAAGACGACAUGGAGAUUCAGGAGCUGAAAUGCCUGGAUGACAGAGGAGAGAAGAAGGCCUUCACCAAGCUCACCCCCCCUGAUUGUGAGCCUCCUAAAGCCGAGGUGACUCCCACCAUCGUGACCCAGGAGGAGGGGACUGAUGUGACAGUGGUGUGCAGCGUGUCAGGCUCCCCCGCCCCUGAGAUCGUGUGGAACUUCGACAUGUUCUCCACCAGCUACGAGAUUGAUGCUCUGGAGUUGAAGAGCAGCCUCCUCCUGUCUGGUCUGUCUCCAGACGACAACGGCAGGGAAAUCAUCUGCAGCGCUGAGAACAUGGUGGGCCAGACCGAGGACAUGCUGCAGCUCAACAUCCUCUUCGCCCCCACCAUCCAGCAGCUGAUGAAGCCUGAGAGGGACCACCACUGGUGCAUCCCCUUCAGCGUGACGGGGAACCCCACGCCCCAGCUGCAGUGGUACCACGAGGACGAGGCCCUGGAGGAGCAGGACUACAUCCACACGGAGAUCCACGAGUCCACGGAGAGCGAGUACCACGGCUGCCUGCAGCUGGCCAACCCCACGCACAUCCACAACGGCUGGUACACUUUGGUGGCCAAGAACAAGUUUGGGGAGGACAGCAAGCGGGUCCACGCGCACUUUAUCGGAGCGCCGGACAUCGGACAUUCAGGUGUGACGCGCGCGCACACAAGAGCCAAUCUACUAUUUCUGACUGGCUUGUCUUCUCUUUUCCCAGAAACCCCUCUGCCCCCUGGGGACGACAGUGUUGCUGUGUACGUUGUGGUGGGGAUCGCUGGUGUGGCCCUGACUGGAUGUGUUCUGAUGGUGAUCAUUCUGAAAUACGGACGAAACUCCAAGUUCGGCAUGAAGGGGUCGUCCUCAGUUAUCAGCAACGACGACGACUCCGCCAGCCCGCUCCAUCACGUCUCCAAUGGCAACAACACCCCGUCUUCCUCAGAGAUGGGCCCGGACGCCGUGAUCAUCGGAAUGACGAAGAUUCCAGUGAUCGAGAACCCCCAAUACUUCCGUAACUCCGGCAGCAUGCUGAAAUCGGACACGUUUGUUCAGCACAUCAAGAGACACAAUAUUGUGCUGAAGAGAGAGCUGGGGGAGGGGGCGUUUGGGAAAGUCUUCCUGGCAGAGUGUUACAACCUUAUUCCGGGCCAGGAGAAGAUCCUAGUGGCUGUCAAGACGCUCAAGGAGGCCAGCGAGAGCGGGAGAGCCGACUUCCACCGCGAGGCGGAGCUCCUCACCAACCUGCAGCACGAGCACAUCGUCACCUUCUACGGCGUGUGCGUGGAGAGCGACCCGCUCAUCAUGGUGUUCGAGUACAUGAAGCACGGGGACCUCAACAAGUUCCUCAGGUCCCACGGUCCGGACGCAGUUCUGAUGGCUGAUGGCCAGCACAGCCUCAUGGUGGAGCUGACCCAGUCCCAGAUGCUGCACAUCGCCCAGCAGAUCGCGGCGGGCAUGGUGUACCUGGCCUCCCAGCACUUCGUCCACAGAGACCUGGCCACACGCAACUGCCUGGUGGGGGAGAACCUGCUGGUGAAGAUCGGAGACUUCGGCAUGUCCCGGGACGUCUACAGCACGGACUACUACAGGGUGGGAGGCCACACGAUGCUGCCGAUUCGCUGGAUGCCCCCGGAGAGCAUCAUGUACCGCCGCUUCACCACGGAGAGUGACGUGUGGAGCCUGGGGGUGGUCCUCUGGGAGAUCUUCACCUACGGCAAGCAGCCCUGGUACCAGCUCUCCAACAACGAGGUGAUCGAGUGCAUCACGCAGGGGCGUGUCCUGCAGCGUCCGCGCACCUGUCCCAAGGAAGUGUACGACCUGAUGCUGGGCUGCUGGCAGAGGGAGCCCUACAUGAGGCUCAGCAUCAAGGAGAUCCACAGCCUGCUGCAGAACCUGGCCAAGGCUUCCCCCGUCUACCUGGACAUCCUGGGCUGAGAGAGUGGGAACGUGUGUGCACGUUUGCGUGCGUGUCUGUGUGUGUGUGUGUUUGCCUGUAAAGAGAGGGGAGGAGGUUCAUAUAGACAGAAGGAGCAUUUGCGUUUGUGUGUAUGUUUUGAUCGUGCUUCUGCCUCUUCAUCACAUGAACAAAAGCCUUAAAUUUAAUUGAGAUUUUUUUAUUUACUUACCUUCUCCAUUCUAAAGAUUCUCACUGGUCCUGUUUUCCUUACCCAGGUCAAAUGAAUGCAGAGAACUGGCUGAUUCUAUUGAUGGAUAAAACAAAUAAGUGAUUUCCUAAAAUGCUGUCACUAAAAAUGAUCUCAAUGAAACCAAAUAGCCAGUAAUCUGGAUUAAAUGCCAGUUAGUUGUACAGUGGUCUUAAUCUGGGUUUGUGAAACAGGUCACUAAUGUAGAUUGCAUUCUUGUUCUGUAUUUUCCGGGGAUGAACAAAGGGAACAUAACUGUGUGUCAAAUCUUCAAGGACAAUGUAUGAACAUUUAACAGUCUCUGUUAUGGAAACUGCUUUUGCUUCUAACGCAAAGAGAGACAUUUGUGGAGCAACGUGAAGUGGAGGAGCAGGGAAAAAGAAAAACUAUAUAUAUAUAUAUAUUGCAACCAGUGAAGGCUUUUUUGCUUUUAAGUGUCAUGGACACUUUUUUUUUCUGUGAGAGAUUUCAUAUUGAUGUCAGGGGAUCUAGUUUUUUUGCGCUAGACAAAGUCAUAACUUUCCAUUGUAGUUUGUGACUGACUGACCCUUCCUAUGGCAAUGACGCAUUUGAGGUGUGGAGGUGAGAAAUGCCAGUCAUCUCAGAACAGGGAGGAACCCAUUCAGUCUCAAUUCAACCAAUCACGGACGUUUCUUGAAACACUUAAAAAAAACAUUUGUUAUGGGACUAUGGGAUUCAAAACAAAAAGCCAAUUUGUCCUUUAUCAUUUUGGAAUUUCAAUUAACAUUCGGAAUUGACUGAAUUGAACAGUGAAUGAACAUUUGAGAGAAAAGAAGCCAUCCAUAAUCACUGCACUGUAAAUCCCCUGAACGUUGAUACAAAUGUGAAUAUAUAUCAAAACAAUGUUCAAUGUAAAAAGAUUUACCUUUAAAAAAAAAAGAACAUGGGCAUCUCUAAAAAUGCCAAACAGUAUUUGAUUCAUUUUUCUAAAUUAUUUUUAUCUUUA